AUUCAAGCCAAUUUCCUUACUAAAAAAACCUGGCCGCAUCAAAUCCACGCGCCGGCGGUGGAAGUGAUGGAAAGAAUUCCGGCGAGCAGACAGAAUUCUGACGAAAUCGACCGGUUUCUUGACGGAGCGGCUGAUUUUUUGGACAUGCUUUGGGGGUUUUUGGAUGAAAGCAGUGAAUCCUCUCAGGAGAAUUUGGGGGACUUCAGCAACGACGACAAGGACCAAGACGACGAAAACCUAAGUCCUCGUGAAAUUGAGGAAAACAAAAUUUUCUGGGAUAGUCAAGAAAAGCUUCUUCAGACCGAUAGCCGAAGUCCGCCGAAGAUGCUUGCAAAGAGAGCUCUCAAUUCGUCUUCAGAAUGUCGGGUUCAACUGUUUCCUGUGCAAAUCCAAAUGGAAAAGUUCACCAGAAAUCCCAUCAGGGGAACAUACAAAUUUAGAAAUUGUGGAGAAAUCGAAGGAGAAGUGAGAGUGGUGAUUGAGCUGAAUUUCCGAGCGGAAUUCGAAAUGGCAAGGGCAAGCGAAGAGUACAACCGGUUGAUCAGCAAGAUGCCGGAGUUAUUCGUUGGAAACGCGGAGAAAUUGAGAGCCCUGAUCAAGAUAUUGUGCGCGGGAGCCAAGAAAUGCAUGGAGGAUAAGAAGAUGCACUUGGCUCCAUGGAGAAAGCAGAAGUACAUGCAAGCAAAGUGGCUUGGCACGUACGAGAGAACGGUACCGGUGCCGUUGCCGGAGGAGAGGGCUGACCGGUUGCCAAAGGCUAAGAUAUCUAUGUUGACCUUUGAUUUAAGGAACAACAAUUUGUCUGAACUUCAUUCCACCGCCGUGGAGGUUGUGUGAUGUGGGGACCGGCGGGAUGGAUUUUGGGUACGGGUAAUAAAUUUUGACCAGUGUU